AAAUAUCAAAAAUAUUAAUAUAGGGAGUAAUUAUAAUAUGGAUGAAGAAGCAAUUCUAAAAAAGAAAAAUAAUAAUAAUACAGAUAAUAUUAAAAAUAUAUAUUUAGAUGGAAAUGUAAAUAAUGAUAAUCAGCACCAUAAUAGUAAUAACAAUAUUAUUAUAAAUAAUGAUUUUAUCGAAAUACCUGAUGUAGAAUUAGAAAAACUAAUAAUAGAAGAUGAUAUGGAAAUAUUAAAUAAUAAUCAUAUUGAUAAUCAUAAUGAUAAUCAUAAUGAUAAUCAUAAUGAUAAUCAUAAUGAUCAUCAUAACAAUAACAAUGAUCAUCAUAUACAACAGAAUAAAAUAGAUGGUGAUGAUAAUCAAAGUCACAAUCAUGGAAAAAAGAAAAAGAAAAAGCAUGGGCAUGGACAUGGACAUGGACACAGUCAUGGUGGUGACAACAGUAGUGAUGGUAGUCAUAAUGAUGAGUCUGACGAAGAAUCCCCAUUAAAAAACAAAUUAAAAAAUAUGGAAAGCAAAAAAAAAGCAAGAUACUCACUGGUUUUAGCAUUGUCUCUUACAACUGUUUUUAUGGUUGGUGAAAUUGUAGGUGGUUGGUUAGCAAACUCUUUAGCCAUUAUGACGGAUGCAGCCCAUUUGCUUACCGAUAUCGGGGCAAUGUUUCUUAGUUUAUUUGCGAUGUGGAUCAGCCAACAUCCUCCAACAAGCUCCAUGAGCUUUGGUUUCCAUAGAGCUGAAAUUUUGGGUGCUGUUAUAAGUGUCUUAAUGAUUUGGGCAUUAACUGGUGUAUUAGUUUACGAAGCCAUUCUAAGAAUUAUCAAUCCACCCGAAGUUAUUGACGGAAAAAUUAUGUUUAUUAUUGCAAGUUGCGGCUUAUUAAUCAACAUUAUCGAUGCCAUAAUUUUACAUUGGGGUUCAGGUGGUCACGGUCACUCUCAUGGUGGUGGUCACGGCCAUUCUCACGGAGUUAUUGGUGAUACUAAUAACCAUAACCACAGUCACAGCGAAGAGAACCAUCACCACGAAAAGAAAAAAAAGAAAAAUAAAGGGCAUGGUCACAGCCAUGGAGAUGGGCAUGGACACGGUCACAGUCAUGGUCACAGCGAAAGUCAUACUCUUGGUGAAACCCACAGCGACCAUAAUAGCGAUAGUAAAAGUAUUACAAACAUCAAUGUCCACUCUGCAUAUAUUCAUGUUUUAGGUGACUGUUUCCAAAGUAUCGGUGUUAUGAUUGCCUCUGUUAUUAUUUGGAUUAAACCAACUUGGAAAAUAGCCGAUCCAAUUACCACUCUAAUCUUUUCAGUCAUUGUUUUGGUUACCACUGUUAGAUUACUUCGUGAUAGUGUCAGUGUUUUAAUGGAAGGUGUACCACCAGAAAUUGACGUAUCAGAGGUCAAAGGUGAUCUCGCCGACAUUGCAGGCGUUACAGAGGUACACGAUUUACAUAUUUGGUCCAUUACUGUCGGUAGACCCGCCUUAUCUGUACAUUUAACCAUCUCACCAGGAAUAGAUUCCGAUCAAGUUUUAGCAAUAGCCAAUAAACUUUUAUUAGACCAAUAUGAAAUUGACCAUACCACAAUUCAAAUAGAAAAAUCUGCUGAAAAAUCAAAGUGCGUAGAUCAUUCUUGCCCACCAUUCGAUAUAAAGAGAUAAUAAAAAUUUUAACAUUUAUUUAUUCAUUUAAUUAUUUAUAUAUAAAAUUUAAAAAAUCAUUUAAAAUAAAAAGUAUAUUUAUAGUUAUUAAUUAAUAUAAAUUAAUUAAUACAACAAACCC